GGAUAUGGUGAGAUGCAGACCGGUCGGCUAGCUGCGCUCGCGGCUGUCUUCUCUCUCUCCGCGUGUGUGUGGCUUCAGCCCCCCUCUGAGGUGCGUAUGGAGGCCAUAAACACGCGAUACACACUCCACUGGCACUGGACCCCCCAAGGACACACACACACCACCUGCUUCACCGUGCAGUACAAGUAUUCUCACCAGCGCGUGUGGAACAGGAGUGUGUGUGAGGGAGUGUGUGUGCAGAGCUGUGACCUCAGCACCCGUCUCCAUUUCUCUGGAUCCUAUUGGCUGAGGGUCAGGGCGGAGUAUGGAGGUCAAAGGUCAAACUGGAGCCACCACCUCAAGUUCACCCCCGAAGAGGACACCCUGCUGGGACAGCCAUCCAUCCUGGAGGUGCAGGGAGGCGUUUCCACGGUGACAGUGCGGAUGGGGGAACUCCUCACACACGAGGGCGAAGCCAUGAGCCACCUGAUGGCAGAUCUCACCUGCAGAGUACAGUACUGGGAGAAGUGCACACCUGAACAGUGGAGUGAGGAGGACUCUGACAUCCCUCUGCUCACACUGCGAGAUCUGAAGCCUCACACAGAGUACUGCCUACGAGUGUGUGUGUUCAGCAGCAACUAUGACAAAACCAGCAACUACACACACGCACAGUGCACUCAGACACACGGCCGCCGUCCAGUGUGGCAGGUGACUGUAGGUGUGUGUUUGGUUGUGUGUGUGUUGGUACUGCUCACUCUCACACACUUACUGAGAAAAAAGCCAAAGAAGUCUCCAAAAUACACACCCUCCAGCUUACAGGGUCCUCCACUAUCCCAUCUCUCCCUGCUGCACGUGGGACUGGAGCCUUGCUCCCAGGUUGCCGUGGAGACACUGGUGACCGUGGCGUGGUGGAGGUGCUGA